AUGGCGUUUCAAUCCAUGCUCAACGGAGCUGAAUGCUCCACCUCCAACAAUGGUCUCGCUCAGAUGCUUAAGCAUACACAACAGGAUCGCUCUAUUCAGCAGGGCGAUCGUACUUUUACAGGUCAACCUCAAACGGGUUCUACUGGCAUGCGCCAACAGCAUCAAGCCGGUCUCAACUCGGAUGCAGAUGCCUUCUUCCGCCAGCAGCAGGCCGCUUCCAUGCCCCGUGGCGCAGCUUCGUCCGCUUUCGACCUUCAAGCUAUGCGCAACGAGCUCAACAGUGCCGUACCCUCUUUCCAGCACCCCAACGCUGGUGCCGCUUGGGCGAGCCAAAUGCCACGCAAUGCCACUCCAUCGAAUGCAGACAUGGAAGCCGCUUUCGCCAGACGAGGUGCACCGGCUAGAUCAAUGCAGCCACCAGCAGGAUCGUCUGCGUGGGCUCAGCAGUUUGGCUCGUCCCAGCAUCAGCAGCCAGCAGCUAUGCAUCAGAGGCCUGUUGGCUCCGGCUCCGGCUCCGGCUCCGGCUCCGACCCUUCAGCCGCCUAUGCUUCGCGUCCUAUCAUGGGCUCAUACGGCGGAAUGGGCAUGGGCAUGGGCAUGGGUGGCAUGGGAAUGAGUAUGGGCAUGAUGGGAGGAAUGGGCUCCAUGCAGCAACAGCGGCAGUAUCAGCCGCAGCAAACACAGUCCUCCCAGUCUCGUUUCACCGAGCUCGACGAUGCAACGUGGGAGGAACAAUUCAAGAAGCUUGAUGCAGAGCAAUCCGAGGCCGAAUCUAAGGGCAAAGGCAAAGCAAAGGAGUCCGAAGCCGAUCUGCUCCCCUCGGAAGCUGAGCAAGCCGAAUCCAUCCGUCGCGAGCUGGAUGCAAUCGAGCAGGAACUCACCGCCGACGGUCAAGAAGCCAACUCGCGCUUCGAGGAUCUUUGGCGAUCCAUGAAUGCACGCAACGGCAUCCCGCCUUCGUCUGCAGACGCUGAAUUGGCCAAAUGGGAGGAAGAGCUUAUGAAGUCGAGAGCCGACGAUGAUGGUGAGCAAUUCGGCUACACCCACCCCUCGGGUGGCCUCGGUGGCGGUCAGCAUGGUCUCGACGAGAUGGCGGCGCUGGACGGCACUGAAGAUGCCCUUUUAGAUGGCUUUGGUGUCGUUGGCCCGGACGGAUAUCCUCGGCUUGGUCAGUACCGAAGGAGCCAGCAAAACCCCUUUGAGACACAUCCGGAUCCUCUUUCGGAAGGAUUGCGUCUGCUCGCCAACGGUGGCAACUUGUCAGAUGCGGCCUUGCUCUUUGAAGCUGCAACGCAGCGUGACACCCAAGGCGGCACGGGAGGCGAAGUCGAGCGCGGCGAAGUGGACAGAUCGCGUCGCGAGCGAUCUGAAGCUUGGCGUAGGCUGGGAGAGUGUCAGGCGAUGAACGAGAAGGAGGCACAGGCAAUUCGCGCGCUUGAGGAAGCCAUCAAGAUUGACGAGAACAACCUCGAGGCGUAUAUGUCGCUUGCUAUUUCCUACACCAACGAAGGUUACGACACGGCAGCGCAUCAGACGCUUGAACGCUACAUCUCGCGCGCUUAUCCCAACAUCAAGGCAGCGCCUCUGUCCGCCGAGAUUUCAGGCUCCAAGGAUCCGAUCGAGGGUACCGAGGGCAACCCGUGGGCCAGCCUGAACCGCGUCACUGACCUCUUCCUGCAAGCUGCUCGACAGGGCAACAGUGCGGGUCAGAUUGAUCCUGAGGUGCAAGUAGGGCUGGGCGUGCUGUUCUACACCCAAUCCGCCUACGAACAGGCGCAAGAUUGCUUUAAUUCGGCUCUCAGCGUACGACCGAACGACUUCCUGCUGUGGAAUCGUCUUGGUGCGACGCUUGCUAAUGGGGGUAAACCGGAAGAGGCGAUCGCAGCGUACCACAAAGCAUUGGAACUGCGGCCGACGUUUACACGCGCGAUCUACAACCUCUCGGUCUCGUGUUUGAACCUGGGCGCUCAUCACGAGGCAGCGGAACAUCUGCUUGCUGCGCUGAGCUUGCAGCAGACGCACACGCUACCGGACGUACCUGAGGGCGAGCAGCCGGCGCCGACGCCGUUGGCAGAAGCCGGCGAGAGUCACAAUCUCUGGUCGACGUUGAGGAGGAUCUUCUUGGUCAUGGAUCGCUUGGAUCUUGCGCAGAAGGCGCAUGUCGGUAGCAGUCUGGAGCAGUUCAGGGGUGAAGGAUUCGACUUCUGA